GUCCCAACCCGGCGAAUUCCUUCAUUCACUCCCCAACCUCUGUCACCAUGGCCGACGAAGAGCAAGAUGCUUUGGAUGCGCUUGAGCGUGAGGCCUCUGACUUUGUCAAGGAUGCAGAAAUUGACCGCAUUCGGAAGGCGUUCUCCUUAGACGCUUACGCGGUCCUUGAUCUUCAACCAGGUGUCCCCGAAUCCGACAUCAAAGUCCAGUACCGCAAAAAGUCCCUUCUCAUCCACCCUGAUAAGACGAAGAACCCGGCCGCCCCCGAUGCUUUUGAUCGCCUUAAGAAAGCGCACACGGCGCUUAUGGACGAAAAGUCGCGCACAUACCUAGACGAAUGUAUCGCGGACGCGCGACGACUUUUGAUCCGCGAACACAAGUACUCGCUAGACUCGGAAGAGUUAAAGACAGACGAAUUCAAGAAAGAAUGGCGCCAAAAGACAGUGCAAGUACUCUUAGAAGAGGAGGCACGGCGGCGAAGACAAGCCAAGGCCAAGCUUCAGGAAGAAGGUCGGGAGAGGCGCAAGGAGGAAGAAGAGUUGGAGGCGCGAAAGCGGAAACGGGACCAGGAUAAAGCGUGGGAAGAUAGCCGUGAGGAGCGCAUAGGCAGCUGGCGAGAUUGGCAGAAGGGAGUGAAGAAGGAUGGGGACAAGAAGAAGAAAAAGAAGAUGAAGGUAUUGGGGUGAGACUGGGCAGGUGUGCCAGUUGCCUGCAAGACUUGCAGUGGUAGAAGUAUUUGAACUUGGUCAACUGGCGUUGAGCGGAUAUAUUUGCACCCGGGACGGACUGGUGAUCAUAACAUCAUCAUGAUUAUAUUGCUAUUCACCACUACUGUUCUUUCAUACCAUUGAUAAUUAGUAGCUGCUGUCACAUUACUCAUCGCUAUCAAGCUUUUGACAUGCAAUUGUCAUCCAC